ACCGGCAGGAGUGUGGGCUGCUGGGUGGGAACCACAUCGACCUGGGCCCCAGGAAGGAGGCAAAACCCAGCAGCCCCCAACGCACCACCUGUGCCCCUUGCCUGGGAGCUGCCCCCAACCCCUGGUAGACACAGACCCCCAACCCUGCUGCCACCAUGGAUCACUCCUUCAGCGGAGCGCCCCGCUUCCUGACGCGGCCAAAGGCUUUUGUGGUAUCUGUGGGCAAGGAUGCCACGCUGAGCUGCCAGAUCGUGGGUAACCCCACGCCACAUGUGAGCUGGGAGAAGGACCGGCAGCCAGUGGAGGCAGGAGCGCGCUUCCGCCUGGCUCAAGACGGGGACGUGUACCGCCUCACCAUCCUGGAUCUGGCGCUCGGUGACAGCGGGCAGUACGUAUGCCGCGCAAGGAACGCCAUAGGGGAGGCCUUCGCUGCUGUAGGCCUCCGAGUAGACUCCGAGGGCACGUGCGCCGAGCAGGCACCCCACUUUCUGCUGAAACCUACCUCCAUUCGCGUGCGCGAGGGCGCAGACGCUACCUUCCGAUGUCGCGUGGGCGGCUCACCACAACCUGCUGUGAGCUGGUCCAAAGAUGGGCGGCGCCUGGGGGCACCUGACGCCCCCCAUGUGCGCGUGGAAGACCACGGCGAGGCGAGCGCGCUUCGCAUCCGGUCGGCACGGCCUCGCGAUGGUGGCACCUACGAAGUCCUUGCAGAGAACCCUCUGGGUUCCGCCAGCGCUGCCGCCGCGCUCGUGGUGGACUCGGAUGCCGAGGCUGCCGGACCACCUGGAUCCUCCACCGCCUCGCUACUGGCGCAUCUGCAGCAGCGGCGCGAGGCCAUGCGCGCAGAGGGCGUCCCCCCAUCCCCACCUGGUGCCGGCACACGCACCUGCACGGUGACCGAAGGCAAACAUGCGCGCCUCAGCUGCUUUGUGACCGGCGAGCCCAAGCCCGAGACAGUGUGGAAGAAGGAUGGGCAGCUGGUGACCGAGGGCCGGCGACACGUGGUGUAUGAGGAUGAGCAGGAGAACUUUGUCCUUAAGAUCCUUUUCUGCAAGCAGUCGGACCGUGGCCUCUACACCUGCACAGCCUCCAACCUCGUGGGCCAGACCUACAGCUCCGUGCUGGUGGUGGUUAGAGAACCUGCGGUGCCUUUCAAGAAGCGACUGCAGGACCUGGAGGUGAGAGAGAAAGAGUCUGCCACAUUCCAGUGUGAGGUCGCGCAGCCGGCCACCGAGGCGGCGUGGUUUAAGGAGGAGACUCGCCUGUGGGCCAGCGCCAAGUACAGCAUCGAGGAGGAGGGCACCGCGCGCCGGCUGACUGUCCGCGACGUCUCAGCAGACGAUGACGCGGUGUACAUCUGCGAGACCACAGAGGGCAGCCGCACCGUGGCAGAGCUCUCCGUCCAAGGGAACUUGACCAGAAAGCUUCCUCGGAAGACUGUAGUGCGCUCUGGAGACACAGCAAUCUUCUGGGUAGAGCUAGCUGUCCCAGAGGGCCCUGUCCAGUGGCUGCGGAACCAGGAGGAGAUGGUGGCAGGGGGCCGGGUAGCCAUCAGUUCAGAAGGCACGUGCCACACACUGACCAUCUUCCAGUGCACCUUGGAGGACAUGGGUGAGGUGGCCUUUGUGGCUGGUGGCUGCCGGACGACCACCCGGUUCUGUGUAUCAGCACCCAGGAGGCCACCUCUGUACCCCCCUGCUGACCCUGCAGUAAAGGCCAAGACAGAGAGUUCUGUUACCCUCAGCUGGUCCCCCCCACCCCUUGGGGACCGCCCUGUCACCAUUGAUGGUUAUGUGGUGGAGAAAAGGAAGCUCGGUGCUUAUGCCUGGAGCCGCUGUCAUGAAGCUGAAUGGCUGGUCACAACUGAGUUUACCUUCGCUGGUGUGGCUGAGGAGGGGGACUUCCAGUUCCGAGUGUCAGCCAUCAACCACUUUGGCCAGAGUCCUUACCUUGAGUUCCCAGGGACCAUCCACUUGGUCCCCAGGCUGGCUGUGAAGACACCUCUGAAGGCGGUGGAGGCAGUGGAGGGGGGUGAGGUCACCUUCUCUGUGGACCUCACGGUGGCUUCUGAAGGCGAGUGGUUCCUGGAUGGGGAGGCCUUGAAAGCCAGCAGUGUAUACGUAAUCCGCUGUGACCGUACCCGGCAUAUGCUCACCAUCAGAGAGGUGCCUGCCAGACUGCACGGGGCACAGCUCAAGUUUGUGGCUAAUGGCAUUGAAACCAGCAUCCGGAUGGUGGUCCGAGCUCUGGGGCUAGCCAGCAACAAGCUUCCUGCUGUGGCUGCCCAGGAGGUGCUGGCCCGGUUGCACGAAGAGGCACAGCUGCUGGCUGAACUGUCGGACCAGGCUGCGGCUGUGACUUGGCUGAAGGACGGCCAUGAGCUGCCCCUAGGACCCAAGUACGAGAUGCAGGUGUCAGCUGGGAGGCCAGCACUGCUGGUGCGGGAUGUGGCGCAGGAUGACGCUGGCCUCUAUGAGUGUGUCAGUCGCGGGAGCCGCAUUGCCUACCAGUUGUUGGUGCAAGAGGCCAAGGUGGUGUUUGCUAAGGAGCAGCAGACACACAGUGAGGUGAAAUCAGAGGCAGGAGCCAGUGCCACACUGAGCUGCAAAGUGGCCCAGGCCCAGACAGAGGUGACCUGGUUCAAGGACGGGAAGAAGCUGAGCUCCAGCUCGAAGGUUCGAGUGGAGGCGUCUGGCUGUGAGAGGAGGCUGGUGGUGCAGCAGGCGGGCAAGGCGGAUGCUGGGGAGUACAGCUGCGAGGCCGGGGGACAGAAGGUCUCCUUCCGUCUGGACGUCACAGAGCCCAAGCUGGUGUUUGCCAAGGAGCAGCAGACACACAGUGAGGUGAAAUCAGAGGCGGGGGCCAGUGCCACACUGAGCUGCAAAGUGGCCCAGGCCCAGACGGAGGUGACCUGGUUCAAAGACGGGAAGAAGCUGAGCUCCAGCUCGAAGGUUCGAGUGGAGGCGUCUGGCUGUGAGAGGAGGCUGGUGGUGCAGCAGGCAGGCAAGGCGGAUGCUGGGGAGUACAGCUGUGAGGCCGGGGGACAGAAGGUCUCCUUCCGUCUGGACGUCACAGAGCCCAAGCUGGUGUUUGCCAAGGAGCAGCAGACACACAGUGAGGUGAAAUCAGAGGCAGGAGCCAGUGCCACACUGAGCUGCAAAGUGUCCCAGGCCCAGACUGAAGUGACCUGGCUCAAGGACGGGAAGAAGCUGAGCUCCAGCUCGAAGGUUCGAGUGGAGGCGUCUGGAUGUGAGAGGAGGCUGGUGGUGCAGCAGGCGGGCAAGGCAGAUGCUGGGGAGUACAGCUGCGAGGCCGGGGGACAGAAGGUCUCCUUCCGUCUGGACGUCACAGAGCCCAAGCUGGUGUUUGCCAAGGAGCAGCAGACACACAGUGAGGUGAAAUCAGAGGCAGGGGCCAGUGCCACACUGAGCUGCAAAGUGGCCCAGGCCCAGACGGAGGUGACCUGGUUCAAGGACGGGAAGAAGCUGAGCUCCAGCUCAAAGGUUCGAGUGGAGGCCUCUGGCUGUGAGAGGAGGCUGGUGGUGCAGCAGGCGGGCAAGGCAGAUGCUGGGGAGUACAGCUGCGAGGCCGGGGGACAGAAGGUCUCCUUCCGUCUGGAUGUCACAGAGCCCAAGGUGGUGUUUGCCAAGGAGCAGCAGGCACUCAACGAGGUGAAAUCAGAGGCAGGAGCCAGUGCCACACUGAGCUGCAAAGUGGCCCAGGCCCAGACUGAGGUGACCUGGUUCAAGGACGGGAAGAAGCUGAGCUCCAGCUCGAAGGUUCGAGUGGAGGCGUCUGGCUGUGAGAGGAGGCUGGUGGUGCAGCAGGCGGGCAAGGCGGAUGCUGGGGAGUACAGCUGCGAGGCCGGGGGACAGAAGGUCUCCUUCCGUCUGGACAUCACAGAGCCCAAGGUGGUGUUUGCCAAGGAGCAGCAGGCUCGCAGCGAGGUGAAGGCAGAGGCAGGGGCCAGUGCCACACUGAGCUGCAAAGUGGCCCAGGCCCAGACUGAGGUGACCUGGUUCAAGGACGGGAAGAAGCUGAGCUCCAGCUCGAAGGUUCGAGUGGAGGCAUCUGGCUGUGAGAGGAGGCUGGUGGUGCAGCAGGCGGGCAAGGCGGAUGCUGGGGAGUACAGCUGCGAGGCUGGGGGACAGAAGGUCUCCUUCCGUCUGGACGUCACAGAGCCCAAGGUGGUGUUUGCAAAGGAGCAGCAGACACACAGCGAGGUGAAAUCAGAGGCAGGGGCCAGUGCCACACUGAGCUGCAAAGUGGCCCAGGCCCAGACAGAGGUGACCUGGUUCAAGGACGGGAAGAAGCUGAGCUCCAGCUCGAAGGUUCGAGUGGAGGCGUCUGGCUGUGAGAGGAGGCUGGUGGUGCAGCAGGCGGGCAAGGCGGAUGCUGGGGAGUACAGCUGCGAGGCCGGGGGACAGAAGGUCUCCUUCCGUCUGGACGUCACAGAGCCCAAGGUGGUGUUUGCCAAGGAGCAGCAGACACACAGUGAGGUGAAAUCAGAGGCAGGAGCCAGUGCCACACUGAGCUGCAAAGUGGCCCAGGCCCAGACUGAGGUGACCUGGUUCAAGGACGGGAAGAAGCUGAGCUCCAGCUCGAAGGUUCGAGUGGAGGCGUCUGGCUGUGAGAGGAGGCUGGUGGUGCAGCAGGCGGGCAAGGCGGAUGCUGGGGAGUACAGCUGCGAGGCCGGGGGACAGAAGGUCUCCUUCCGUCUGGACAUCACAGAGCCCAAGGUGGUGUUUGCAAAGGAGCAGCAGACACACAGUGAGGUGAAGGCAGAGGCGGGGGCCAGUGCCACACUGAGCUGCAAAGUGGCCCAGGCCCAGACGGAGGUGACCUGGUUCAAGGACGGGAAGAAGCUGAGCUCCAGCUCGAAGGUUCGAGUGGAGGCCUCUGGCUGUGAGAGGAGGCUGGUGGUGCAGCAGGCAGGCAAGGCGGAUGCUGGGGAGUACAGCUGCGAGGCCGGGGGACAGAAGGUCUCCUUCCGUCUGGACGUCACAGAGCCCAAGGUGGUGUUUGCCAAGGAGCAGCAGACACACAGCGAGGUGAAAUCAGAGGCAGGGGCCAGUGCCAUGCUGAGCUGUGAGGUGGCCCAGGCCCAGACAGAGGUGACCUGGUUCAAGGACGGGAAGAAGCUGAGCUCCAGCUCGAAGGUUCGAGUGGAGGCCUCUGGCUGUGAGAGGAGGCUGGUGGUGCAGCAGGCGGGCAAGGCGGAUGCUGGGGAGUACAGCUGCGAGGCCGGGGGACAGAAGGUCUCCUUCCGUCUGGAUGUCACAGAGCCCAAGGUGGUGUUUGCCAAGGAGCAGCAGACACACAGUGAGGUGAAAUCAGAGGCGGGAGCCAGUGCCACACUGAGCUGCAAAGUAGCCCAGGCCCAGACAGAGGUGACCUGGCUCAAGGACGGGAAGAAGCUGAGCUCCAGCUCGAAGGUUCGAGUGGAGGCGUCUGGAUGUGAGAGGAGGCUGGUGGUGCAGCAGACGGGCAAGGCAGAUGCUGGGGAGUACAGCUGCGAGGCCGGGGGACAGAAGGUCUCCUUCCGUCUGGACGUCACAGAGCCCAAGGUGGUGUUUGCCAAGGAGCAGCAGACACACAGUGAGGUGAAAUCAGAGGCAGGAGCCAGUGCCACACUGAGCUGCAAAGUGGCCCAGGCCCAGACAGAGGUGACCUGGUUCAAGGACGGGAAGAAGCUGAGCUCCAGCUCGAAGGUUCGAGUGGAGGCCUCUGGCUGUGAGAGGAGGCUGGUGGUGCAGCAGGCGGGCAAGGCGGAUGCUGGGGAGUACAGCUGCGAGGCCGGGGGACAGAAGGUCUCCUUCCGUCUGGACGUCACAGAGCCCAAGGUGGUGUUUGCCAAGGAGCAGCAGACACACAGUGAGGUGAAAUCAGAGGCAGGAGCCAGUGCCACACUGAGCUGCAAAGUGGCCCAGGCCCAGACUGAGGUGACCUGGUUCAAGGACGGGAAGAAGCUGAGCUCCAGCUCGAAGGUUCGAGUGGAGGCGUCUGGCUGUGAGAGGAGGCUGGUAGUGCAGCAGGCGGGCAAGGCGGAUGCUGGGGAGUACAGCUGCGAGGCCGGGGGACAGAAGGUCUCCUUCCGUCUGGACGUCACAGAGCCCAAGGUGGUGUUUGCCAAGGAGCAGCAGACACACAGUGAGGUGAAAUCAGAGGCAGGAGCCAGUGCCACACUGAGCUGCAAAGUGGCCCAGGCCCAGACAGAGGUGACCUGGUUCAAGGACGGGAAGAAGCUGAGCUCCAGCUCGAAGGUUCGAGUGGAGGCGUCUGGCUGUGAGAGGAGGCUGGUGGUGCAGCAGGCGGGCAAGGUGGAUGCUGGGGAGUACAGCUGCGAGGCCGGGGGACAGAAGGUCUCCUUCCGUCUGGACGUCACAGAGCCCAAGCUGGUGUUUGCCAAGGAGCAGCAGACACACAGCGAGGUGAAAUCAGAGGCAGGGGCCAGAGCCACACUGAGCUGUGAGGUGGCCCAGGCCCAGACGGAGGUGACCUGGUUCAAGGACGGGAAGAAGCUGAGCUCCAGCUCUAAGGUUCGAGUGGAGGCCUCUGGCUGUGAGAGGAGGCUGGUGGUGCAGCAGGCGGGCAAGGCGGAUGCUGGGGAGUACAGCUGCGAGGCCGGGGGACAGAAGGUCUCCUUCCGUCUGGACAUCACAGAACCAGAGCCCGAGUCCCAAGUUCCAGAGAAACCCAGCUGCAGGGAGCCUCUGGUGGUCAAGGAACACGAGAACAUUGUCCUGACUGCCACGCUGGCUGCACACUCCGUGGCUGCUGUGACUUGGCUCAAAGAUGGUGUGGAGAUUCGCCGUAGUAAGCGGCACGAGGCCACCAGCCUGGGUGAUACCCACACCCUUACCGUGAGAGGUGCACAGGUGCUGGACAGUGCCAUCUACAGCUGCCGUGUUGGCAGGGAAGGUCAGGACUUCGUGGUGCAGGUGGAAGAGGUGGCCACCAAGUUCACUAAACCCCUGGAGCCCGUGGAAGGGGAACUGGGUGGCACCGUGAAGCUGGUCUGUGAGCUGAGCCCGGAGCAGGCUGAGGUGGUGUGGCUCUGUGGGAGCACGCAGCUGCGGGAGGGCAAGCGCUUCCGGAUGACGUCUGAAGGGUCUAGGCGCACACUGACCAUGUCCGGCCUCCGAGAGGAUGAUGCAGAGGAGUAUGUGUGUGAGAGUCGUGAUGACCGAACCAGUGCACGGCUCACUGUCAAAGUUCCCCGAGUGGUCAAGUUUACAUCUGGGUUGAGCGCUGUGGUUGCAGAGGAGGGCCAGGAGGCCACCUUUCAGUGUGUCGUGUCCCCCAGCGGGGCAGCAGUCACGUGGUACAAGGAUGGCGCCCAGCUGCUACCCAGUGAGAAGUUUAUCAUGGCACAGAGUGGGGCCACCUGUAGCUUGACCAUCUUGGGAUUGACCCUGGAGGAUGCAGGCCAAGUUACAGCAGAGGCUGAGGGCGCCUCAUCUUCUGCCACCCUCCGGGUCCGAGAGGCACCAGUCCUCUUCAAAAAGAAGCUUGAGCCCCAGACGGUGGAGGAGAAGAGCUCUGUGACGCUGGAGGUGGAGCUGACGCGGCCCUGGCCUGAGGUGAAGUGGACACGGAACGCUGCAGUCCUGGCACCCAGCGAGAAUGUGGAGAUCCACGCGGAGGGAGCUCGGCACCGCCUGGUGCUGCGCAGCGUGGGCUUUGCUGACCGUGGCUUCUUUGGCUGUGAGACACCGGAUGACAAGACCCAGGCCAAGCUCAAUGUAGAAAUGCGGCAGGUCCGGCUGGUUCGAGGUUUGCAGGCUGUGGAGGCUAAGGAACAGGGCACGGCCUCCAUGGAUGUGGAGUUGUCCCAUGCUGAUGUGGAGGGCAGCUGGACCCGCGAUGGCCUGAGACUUCAGCCUGGGCCCACAUGCCAUCUGGCUGUACAAGGCCCUGUCCACAUCCUCACACUCUCAGCACUGAGGCCACAGGACAGCGGGCUAGUGGCCUUCAGGGCUGAGGGCGUGCACACGUCUGCGCAGCUCAUAGUCACUGAGUUGCCGGUGAGCUUCACCCGACUACUACAGGAUGUCAUGGCUACCCAGAAAGAGAAGGUGACCCUGGAGUGUGAGUUGUCACGGCCAGUGGAUGUGCGCUGGCUGAAGGAUGGUGUGGAGCUGCGGGCAGGCAAGACCAUGGGCAUAGUGGCCCAAGGAACCUGCAGGAGUCUCGUUAUUUACCGAUGUGAGAUUGGGGAUCAGGGUGUCUAUGUGUGUGAUGCUUCUGAUGCCCAGACCUCGGCUUCUCUGAAGGUGCAGGGCCGCAAUGUUCAGAUUAUGAAGCCACUGGAGGAUGUGGAGGUGAUGGAGAAAGAGGGUGCCACCUUCUCCUGUGAGGUGUCCCAUGAUGAGGUUCCCGGCCUGUGGUUCCGAGAAGCCAGCAAGCUACGGCCCAGUGACAACGUGCGCAUCCGGCAGGAAGGGAGGACAUACACUCUUAUCUUCCGGAGAGUGCUGGCAGAAGAUGCAGGGGAGAUCAAAUUUGUAGCUGAAAAUGCAGAAUCAAGAGCCCACCUCCGAGUGAAAGAACUGCCCGUGACCCUCCUGCGCCCAUUGCGGGACAAGAUUGCCAUGGAAAAACACCGUGGUGUGCUUGAGUGCCAGGUGUCGCGGGCCAGUGCCCAGGUGCGGUGGUUCAAGGGCCGAGUUGAGCUGCAGCCUGGGCCCAAGUAUGAGGUGGUCAGCGAUGGCCUUUACCGCAAGCUGGUCAUCAAUGACGUGCAGCCUGAGGACGAGGAUACCUACACCUGUGAUGCCGGUGAUGUCAAGACCAGUGCCCAGUUCUUUGUGGAAGAGCAAUCCAUCACUAUUGUGCGAGGCCUGCAGGACAUGACAGUCAUGGAGCCCGCCCCAGCCUGGUUUGAAUGUGAGACCUCCAUCCCCUCCGUGAGGCCACCCAAGUGGCUCCUUGGUAAGACUGUGCUCCAGGCAGGAGCAAAUGUGGGCCUGGAACAAGACGGUACUGUGCACCGGCUGACGCUACACAAGACCUACUCCACCAUGACCGGCACCGUGCACUUCACCAUCGGCAAGUCCCGCUCCUCUGCCCAGCUCGUUGUCUCAGACAUUCCUGUGGUAUUGACGCGGCCCCUGGAACCCAAAGCAGGGCGUGAGCUGCAGUCGGUAGUCCUGUCUUGUGACUUCAGGCCGGCCCCCAAGGCUGUUCAGUGGUACAAGGAGGACACACCUCUGGCCCCGUCAGAAAAGUUCAAGAUGGUGCUGGAGGGCCAGAUGGCAGAGCUGCGCAUACUCCGUCUCACUCCAACCGAUGCUGGGGUCUAUCGGUGCCAGGCGGGCAGUGCCCAGAGCAGUGCCGAGGUUACUGUGGAAGCUCGGGAGGUGACAGUGACUCAGCCACCGCAGGAUGCUGAAGCCAUGGAGGAAGGCCGGGUCUGCUUCUCCUGUGAGCUGUCCCAUAAGGACGAGGACAUCGAAUGGUCACUCAAUGGGGUGCCCCUGUACAAUGACAGCUUCCACGAGAUCAGCCAUGAGGGCCGUCUCCACACACUGGUGCUGAAGAGUGUCCGGCAGGCUGACACAGGCACCGUUCGUGCCACCUCCCCCAAGGUGUCAGUUUCUGCCCGGCUAGUGGUCAGAGCAAAGCCGGUGGUGUUCCUGAAAGCACUGGAUGACACAUCUGCAGAAGAGCGUGGCACGCUGACCCUGCAAUGCGAAGUCUCAGACCCUGAGGCACGUGUGGUUUGGCGCAAAGAUGGCGUGGAGCUGGGCCCCAGUGACAAGUAUGACUUUGUACAUAAGGCAGGCACGCGGGGCCUCACGGUACAUGAGCUGAGCCAUGAGGAUGCUGGAUUGUACACCUGCCACGUGGGCAGUGAGGAGACCCGGUCCAGGGUCAGUGUGCAUGAUCUGCACGUGGGCAUCACCAAGAGGUUAAAGACAGUGGAGGUGCUGGAGGGAGAGAGCUGCAGCUUUGAGUGUGUCUUGUCCCACGAGAGUGACAGUGACCUAGCAGUGUGGACAGUCGGCGGGAAGACAGUGGGUAGUUCUGGCCAUUUUCGGGCCACUCGCCAGGGCCGCAAAUACAUUCUGACAGUCAAAGAUGCUGCGCUCAGCGAUGCAGGGGAGGUGGUCUUCUCAGUAAUGGGGCUCACAUCCAAGGCCUCGCUCAUCAUCAGAGAGAGGCCAGUGGAGAUCACAAAGCCCUUGGAGGAUCAGCGGACAACGCUUGGGGAACACGUGACACUAAGCUGUGAGCUGUCGAGGGCCGGCACCUCCGUGCGCUGGCUGAAAGAUGGGAAGGCCAUCCGCAAGAGUCAGAAGUACGACCUGCUCAGCGAAGGCACCCGGGCUGUGCUGGUUGUCCGAAAGGCCUCACUCAAGGAUUCUGGAGAGUACACUUGUGAAACAGAAGCUUCCAAAAGCACUGCCAAGAUCCUCGUGGAAGAAAAGGCAAACCGCUUCACGGAGGAGCUGGCUGACCUGCAGGUGGAAGAGAAGGGCACGGCUGUGUUCACGUGCAAGACAGAGCACCCAGCAUCUGUCGUGACAUGGCGCAAGGGCCUCCUGGAGCUGCGUGCCUCAGGGAAGCAUGCCCCCAGCCAGGAUGGCUUGACCCUGAAGCUCACCAUCAAUGCCCUGGAGAGGACAGACAGUGACACCUACAGCUGUGACAUUGGCCAAGCCCGGACCCAGGCCCGGCUGCUCGUCCACGGCCAGAAAGUGCGCAUUACUGAGGACCUAGAGGAUACAGCCGUGCAGGAGGGCUCUUCUGCCAAGUUCUGCUGCCGUAUCUCCCCUGCUGACUACAGCCCUGUGCACUGGUUCCUGGAUAAGACCCCCUUGCACAGCAAUGAGUUGAAUGAGAUCACUGUCCAGCCUGGAGGCUACCAUGUGCUCACUCUGCGACAGCUGGCACUCAAGGACUCAGGCACUGUCUACUUUGAGGCGGGUGAUCAGCGGACCUCGGCUGCCCUGCGGGUGACUGAGAAGCCAAGCAUCUUCUCUCAGCCACUCACCGAUGUUACAGUCACAGAAGGCGAGGACUUAACUCUUGUCUGUGAAACCACCACUUCGGAUAGCGCUGUACGCUGGACCAAAGAUGGGAAGACGCUGAGGCCAUCUGCACGAUGCCAGCUGAGCUAUGAAGGCUGUCGGGCCCAGCUGGUCAUCAUUGGUACUACCCUACAAGAUGGUGGCCGAUACAAGUGCGAGGCUGCCGGAACUUCCAGCAGCUCCAUCGUCAGGGUCCAUGCUCGGCCAGUGCGGUUCAGGGAGUCCCUGAAGGAUGUGGAGGUGCCAGAGGGCAGGGCUGCCACUCUCCGCUGUGCGCUGUCAUCCGUGGCCGCACCUGUGGAGUGGCGUCAUGGAGAAGACAUCCUGAAGUCCAGCAGCAAGUAUAGCCUACGCCAAGAGGGUGCUGUGUUGGAGCUGGUCAUCCGAGACCUACAGCCCCAGGACAGUGGACAAUAUUCAUGCUCCUUCGGGGACCAGACAACCUCAGCCACACUCACAGUGAAAGCCAUGUCUGCCCAGUUCGUAGGAAAACUGAGAAACAAGGAGGCCACAGAAGGGACCAUGGCCACACUGCGGUGUGAGCUGACCAAAGAGGCCCCCGUGGAAUGGAGGAAGGGAACAGAGACCCUGAGAAAUGGGGACAAAUACAGCCUGAAGCAGGAUGGAGCUGUCUGUGAACUGCAGAUUUGUAGCCUGGUUGUGGCAGAUGCAGGGGAAUACUUGUGUGUUUGUGGACAGGAGAGGACUUCAGCCACGCUGACUGUCAAGGCUCUGCCUGCCCACUUCAUCGGAAGGCUCAGAAGCAAGGAGGCCACAGAAGGAGACAUGACCAUACUGAGGUGUGAGCUGAGCAAGGCUGCCCCCGUGGAGUGGAGGAAAGGAACAGAGACCCUGAGAGAUGGGGACAGAUACACCCUGAAACAGGACGGGGCUGUGUGCGAGCUGCAGAUCCACAGCCUGGCUACAUCAGACGCUGGGGAGUACUUGUGCAUAUGUGGGCAGGAAAAGACCUCAGCCACACUGGCCAUCAGGGCCCUUCCAGCUAAGUUCAUAGAAGGCCUGAAGAAUGAAGAAGCCAUAGAAGGAACCAUGGCCACACUGAGGUGUGAACUGAGCAAGGAAGUUUCUGUGACAUGGAAGAAAGGAACAAAGACCUUGCAGGAUGGAGACAGAUACACCCCGAGGCAGGAUGGAGCUGUGUGUAGGCUGCAGAUCCAUGGCCUGACCAUGGCGGAUGCCGGAGAGUACUCAUGCGUGUGUGGUCAGGAGAAGACUUCAGCUACACUGACUGUCAGGGGCCUUCCUGUCAAAUUUAUAGAAGACUUGAGAAGCCAAGAAGCCACAGAAGGGGCAACAGCAAUAUUAAGAUGUGAACUGAGCAAGGCCUCCCCUGUGGAGUGGAGGAAGGGGUCCGAGACCCUGAGAGCUGGGGACAGAUACAGUUUGAGGCAGGAUGGAGCUGUGUGUGAACUGCAGAUCCGUGGCCUGGCCGUGGUGGAUACCGGGGAGUACUCAUGUGUAUGCGGGCAGGAGAAGACCUCAGCCACACUGACUAUUAGUGCCAUGCCCACCAAGUUCACAGAAUAUCUGAGGAAUGAAGAGGCCACAGAAGGCACCAUGGUCACUCUGAGGUGCCAGAUGAGCAAGGCUGCCCCAGUGGAGUGGAGGAAGGGAGAAAAGCCCCUCAAAGAUGGAGACAGAUACAUCCUGAGGCAGCACGGAGCCACGUGUGAGCUGCAGAUCCGUGGCCUGGCUGUGGAAGAUGCUGGAGAGUACUCAUGCAUGUGUGGGCAGGAACAGACCUCAGCCACACUGAGUGUCAAGGCCCUGCCUACCAGAUUCGUAGAAGAUUUGAGAAGCCAGGAUGCCAUGGAAGGCACCAUGGUCACUCUGAGGUGCCAGAUGAGCAAGGCCGCCCCAGUGGAGUGGAGGAAGGGAGAAAAGCCCCUCAAAGAUGGAGACAGAUACAUCCUGAGGCAGCACGGAGCCACGUGUGAGCUGCAGAUCCGUGGCCUGGCUGUGGAAGAUGCCGGGGAGUACUCGUGCGUGUGUGGGCAGGAGCAGACCUCAGCCACACUGAGUGUCAAGGCCCUGCCAGCCAGAUUCAUAGAAGACUUGAAAAGCCAAGAGGCCAUGGAAGGCUCCAUGGUCACUCUGAGGUGCCAGAUGAGCAAGGCCGCCCCUGUGGAAUGGAGGAAGGGAUCUGAGAUCCUGAGAGAUGGGGACAGAUACAACCUGAGGCAAGAUGGGGCCUUGUGUGAGCUUCAGAUCCGUGACCUGGCUGUGGAAGAUGCCGGGGAGUACUCAUGCGUGUGUGGGCAGGAGAAGACCUCAGCCGUGCUGACUGUAGAUGCUCUACCCACCAAGUUCACAGAGGGUCUGAAGAAUGAAGAGGCCAUAGAAGGGACCAUGGUGACUCUGAGGUGCCAGCUGAGCAAAGAAGCCCAAGUGGAGUGGAGGAAGGGAACAAAGAUCCUCAGAGAUGGAGACAGAUAUAGUCUGAGACAGAGCCAGGCUGUGUGUGAGCUGCAGAUCCGUGGCCUGGCUGUGGAAGAUGCCGGGGAGUACUCGUGCAUAUGUGGGCAGGAGCAGACCUCAGCCACACUGAGUGUCAAGGCCCUGCCCGCCAGAUUCAUAGAAGAUUUGAGAAGCCAGGAGGCCAUGGAAGGCUCCAUGGUCACUCUGAGGUGCCAGAUGAGCAAGGCCACCCCUGUGGAGUGGAGGAAGGGAUCUGAGAUCCUGAGAGAUGGGGACAGAUACAACCUGAGGCAGCACGGAGCCAUGUGUGAGCUUCAGAUCCGUUGCCUGGCUGUGGAAGAUGCCGGGGAGUACUCGUGCGUGUGUGGGCAGGAGCAGACCUCAGCCACACUGAGUGUCAAGGCCCUGCCAGCCAGGUUCAUAGAAGGCUUGAGAAGCCAAGAGGCCACGAAAGGUACAACAGCCACAAUGCGUUGUGAGCUAAGCAAGAAGGCCUCUGUGGUGUGGAGGAAGGGGUCUGAGAUCCUGAGAGAUGGGGACAGAUACAGCCUGAGGCAGGAUGGGGCCACGUGUGAGCUGCAGAUCCGUGACCUGACUGUGGGAGAUGCUGGAGAGUACUCAUGCAUGUGUGGGCAGGAGAGGACUUCAGCCACACUGAGCAUCACGGCCCCACAGGUAGUGUUCCAGAAACCACUGCAGAACCUGCAAGUAGAAGAAGGUUCCAUGGCCAGCCUGCAGUGCGAGCUGUCAACUCCCAAUGCUGCUGUGGUCUGGAGCAAGGGUGGCCUGGAGCUGCAGGCCGAUGCGCGCCGAGAGUCACGGCAGCAGGGGUGUGUGGCGGAGCUGCUGCUUAGAGAUGUGCGCCGUGAGGAUGCGGGCGAGUACAGCUGUGCCUGUGGCUCUCAGAGCACAAGCGCCACACUCAUGGUUACAGCUGCUCCCGUGCGCUUCCUCAGGGAGCUGCAGGCCCAGGAAGUGGAUGAGGGGACCACUGCACAGCUGCGUUGUGAACUGAGCGGGGUGCCUGCGAGUGUGGAGUGGCGCAAGGGCUCCCUGCAGCUUUUCCCCUGUGCCAAGUAUCAGAUGGUGCAGGAGGGCACAUCUGCUGCACUGCUGGUCCACGAGGCGGAGCAGGAGGAUGCGGGGGAAUACACCUGCGAUGCAGGCCACACACAGAGCGUGGCCAGGCUCUCAGUCCGAGCCCCCAAGCCCAAGUUCAAGACUGGCCUCCAGAGCACAGAGCAGGAAGCAGGUGGCAAGGCCCGGCUGUGUUGUCAACUGAACGAGGCUGAGCCAGGGGCUCCAGUGCAGUGGCUCAAGGAGGGUGUGGAGCUGCGUGCCGGCCCCAAGUACGAGAUGCGGUGCCAAGGGGCCACGUGUGAGCUGCUGAUCCACGGGCUGGAGGCCAAGGACACCGGUGAAUAUGCCUGUGUGGUGGGUGGCCAGAAAACCUUGGCCUCUCUCAGAGUCACAGAGCCUGAGGUGACCAUUGUGCGGGGACUGGUUGACAUGGAGGUGCAGGCUGACGAGGAUGUGGAAUUUACUUGUGAGGUGUCGCAGGCAGGAGCCACAAACGUGCAGUGGCGUCUCCAAGGUCUGCCACUGCAGAGCAACGAAGUGACAGAAGUGACUGUUCUUGGAGAUGGCCGUACCCACAUGCUGCAACUGAAGGGUGUGACACUGGAGGAUGCUGGCACUGUCUCCUUCCAUGUGGGCAGCCAUUCAUCUUCUGCUCAGCUCACAGUCCGAGUCCCUGAGGUGACCAUUCUGGAGCCCCUGAAGGAUGUGCAGCUCAGCGAGGGUCAGGAUGCUCACUUCCAGUGCCGACUGUCCAGGGCCUUGGGCCAGGAGGCCCGCUGGGCUUUGGGAGGGGUUCCCUUGCAGUCCAAUGAGAUGAACGACAUCACCGUGGAGCAGGGCACGCUCUACCUGCUCACUCUGCAUAAGGUGACCCUGGAAGAUACUGGAACUAUCACUCUUCAAGUGGGCUCAUGCUCUUCAGAAGCCCAGCUGAAGGUCACAGCCAAGAACACAGUGGUGCGUGGCUUGGAGAACGUGGAUGCACUGGAGGGCGGCGAAGCUCUGUUCGAGUGCCAGCUGUCCCAGCCCGAGGUGGCUGCCCACACCUGGCUGUUGGACGAUGAGCCUGUGCACACCUCAGAAAAUGUGGAGGUGGUCUACUUCGAGAAUGGGCUGCGGCACUUGCUGUUGCUCAAAAACCUGAAGCUACAGGACAGCUGCAGAGUGACCUUCCUGGCAGGGGAUGUGGUCACAUCUGCAUUCCUCACCGUGAGAGGCUGGCGCUUGGAGGUCCUAGAGCCCCCACAAGAUGCAUCUGUGAGAGCUGGUAUGCAGGCCUCCUUCACGUGUACGCUAAGUGAGGCGGUGCCUGUGGGCGAGGCUACCUGGUACAUCAACGGGGCUGCCAUCCAGCCUGAUGAUGCUGACUGGACAGUCACUGCAGAUGGAAGUCACCAUGCCCUGAUGCUGAACAGUGCCCAGCCCCAACACACGGGAGAGGUCACAUUUGCAGCACGUGAUGCCGUGGCCUCUGCACGCCUCUCUGUGUUGGCCCUCCCCGAUCCCCCUGAAGAUGCUGAGGUGGUGGGUCGUAGUGGCCAUUCGGUGACCCUAUCCUGGGUGGCUCCCAUGAGCGAUGGUGGCGGUGGUCUAUGUGGUUAUCGUGUGGAGAUGAAGGAGGCAUCCACAGGCCAGUGGCAGUUGUGCCAUGAGCUAGUACCUGGGCCAGAGUGUGUGGUAGACGGCCUGGUCCCCGGGGAAACCUACCGCUUCCGAGUGGCUGCUGUGGGUCCAGCAGGUGCUGGGGAGCCUGUACAUCUUCCCCAGAUGGUCAAGCUAGCAGAGCCAACAGAACCUGUACCAGCCCCAACCCCAGCCCCAGUCCCAGCCAAAGCCCCAACACCAGCCCCAGCCAAAGCUGCAACCCCAGCCCCAGCCCCAGCUCCAGCCCCAGUCCCGGCCCCAGUCCUGGCCCUGGAGACACGGCAGGCGGUAGUUGGUGAGGAUGUGUGUCUGGAGCUGGAAGUGGCAGCUGAGGCUGGUGAGGUUGUCUGGCACAAGGGAACAGAGCGCAUCCAGUCCAGUGGACACUUUGAGAUCCUCUCUCAGGGACAGCGUCAGAUGCUGGUGAUCAAGGGCUUUAGGACGGAAGACCAAGGGGAGUACCACUGUUGUCCCACCCGGGGCCCGCCCUCCUCAGGGGCUGCCACCUUUAAUGUGAUCAUGACCUCAGGCUCUGGGGAUGAGGUCCCCACACAGCCCAGCCUGCCCCCUGAGGCAGCCCAGGAGGGUGACCUGCAUCUGCUUUGGGAGGCCCUUGCCCGGAAGCGCCGCAUGAGUCGGGAGCCCACACUGGACUCCAUCAGUGAGCUGCCUGAGGAAGACAGCCGUGUGCAGCAUCUGCGGCAGGAGGCCGAAGAGACAGCCCCUGACCUCUCUGAGGGCUACUCUACAGCUGACGAGCUAGCACGCACAGGAGAGGCUGACCUCUCACACACCAGCUCUGAUGAUGAGUCCCGGGCUGGCACCCCUUCCCUAGUUACCUACCUCAAGAAAGCUGGGGGUCCUGGGAUCUCACCCCUGGCCAGCAAGCUUGGGGCCCAGGUGGCCACCUCUGUGAAGCCACAGGAGCAGCAGGAACGAGCAUUGCCGGGAGACUUGAGUGCAGCCGACUUGAAGGAUCCCUCCCUGGACAAGGCAGCUGUGAAGAUCCAGGCUGCCUUUAAGGGCUACAAAGUACGGAAGGAGAUAAAGCAGCAAGAAGGACCUGUGUUCUCCCGGACAUUUGGGGACACAGAGGCACAGACUGGGGAUGUGCUGCGGCUGGAGUGUGUGGUAGCCAGCAAGGCUGAUAUUCGGGCCUGUUGGCUGAAGGAUGGCAUAGAGUUGACAGAUGGGCGACACUACCACAUAGACCAGCUCAAGGAUGGUACCUGCUCUCUGCUGGUCACUGGCCUGGGCCCCACCGACACUGGCCGUUACACCUGUCAGGUGAGCACCAAGUUCGGCCGUGCGAGCCACAGUGCCUGUGUGGUGGUCAGUGGAACAGAGAGUGAGGCUGAGAGCUCCUCGGGAGGUGAGCUGGAUGACGCCUUCCGGCGGGCUGCACGACGCCUGCACCGGCUCUUCCGUACCAAGAGCCCAGCUGAGCUUUCAGAGGAGGAACUCUUCCUCAGUGCUGAUGAAGGCCCUGCACAGCCAGAGGAGCCUGCAGACUGGCAGACAUACAGAGAGGAUGAAAACUUUGUGUGCAUCCGUUUUGAGGCACUUGAAGAGGCCCGUCGGGCAGUCACCUGCUUCCGUGACAUGUUUGCCACCAUGGGCAUUGGGGUGGAGAUCAGCCUGGGGGAGCAAGGACCCCGGGGAGUGGAGAUGCGCAUUGGCAAGGUGGCUCCCACUGCCACCCCUGCGGUGCCACUAGCAAAGACACCUCGCCUGCAGACUUCAGAUGCUGCCCCAGUGUUCCUGACUCAGCUGCAGAACCAAGAAGUGCAGGACGGAUACCCCAUGAGCUUCAACUGUGUGGUAACAGGCCAGCCUGUGCCCAGCGUGCGCUGGUUCAAGGACGGGAAGUUGCUGGAGGAAGAUGACCACUACAUGAUCAACGAGGACCAACAGGGCGGUCACCAGCUCAUCAUCACGGCUGUGGUGCCAGCAGACAUGGGUGUCUACCGCUGCCUGGCAGAGAAUAGCAUGGGAGUUUCCUCCACCAAGGCUGAGCUUCGUGUGGAGCUGACCAGCACAGACUAUGACACCGCAGCAGAUGCUACUGAGACCUCAUCAUACUUCAGCGCCCAGGGAUACCUGUCCAGCCGGGAGCAAGAGGGAACCGAAUCAGAUGAGGGGCAGCUUCCCCAGGUGCUGGAGGAGCUGAAAGACCUCCAAGUGGUCCCUGGCACACGCCUGGCCAAAUUCCAGCUCAAGGUGAAAGGCUAUCCGGCCCCCAAACUGUACUGGUUCAAAGACGGCCAGCCCCUGACCACAUCUGCCCACAUCCGCAUGACUGACAAAAAGACCCUGCAUACCCUGGAGAUUGUCUCAGUCACCUUGGAGGACAGCGGCCAGUAUGCGGCCUACAUCAGCAAUGCCGUAGGUGCUGCCUACUCAUCAGCCCGGCUACUGGUCCGAGGUCCCAGCGAACCAGAAGAGAAGCCAGGAUCAGAUGUGCAUGAGCGGCUGGUGCCACCCCGGAUCCUGGAGAAGUUCACCCCCAAGAAAGUGAAGAAGGGCUCCAGCAUCACCUUUUCAGUGAAGGUGGAGGGACACCCGGCCCCCACUGUGCAUUGGCUCAAGGAGGAGGCAGAGAAAGGAGUGCUGUGGAUUGGCCCUGAUACCCCUGGCUACACCAUGGCCAGCUCUGGCAAGCAGCAUAGCCUGGUCCUGCUGGACGUGGGCCGACAGCAUCAGGGCACCUACACAUGCAUCACCACCAAUGCUGCUGGGCAGGCGCUCUGCUCUGCCAGUCUGCAUGUCUCAGGCUUGGCCAAAGAGGACGAGCAGGAGAGAGUGAAGGAGGCCCUCAUUUCUUCCUUCUUGCAAGGGACAAGCCAAACUGUCUCAGCCCAGAUGAUAGAAUCUGCAGGUUUUGCUGGUCUUGCUGGACAAGUGAAAGGGGAGUCCCUGGUGGGUGAAGAGGCCCACGGUCACCUGUCCCUCGCUGAGGUGGGCACAGAAGAGUUCCUGCAGAAACUCACCUCACAGAUCACCGAGAUGGUAUCAGCCAAGAUCUCACAGGCCAAGCUCCAGGUGCCUGGAGGUGACAGCGAUGAGGAGUCCAAGACGCCAUCUGCUUCUCCUCGACAUGGCCGGUCUCGCCCUUCCUCCAGCGUUCAAGAAUCCUCUUCAGAGUCAGAGGACGGGGACUCCCGUGGUGAGAUCUUUGACAUCUAUGUGGUCACAGCUGACUAUCUCCCCCUGGGGGCUGAGCAGGAUGCUAUCAUUCUGAGAGAAGGCCAGUAUGUGGAGGUCCUUGAUUCAGCCCAUCCCCUGCGCUGGCUUGUACGUACCAAGCCCACCAAAUCCAGCCCUUCCAGGCAGGGCUGGGUGUCACCUGCCUACCUGGACAAGAGGCUCAAGCUGUCUCCUGAGUGGGGGCCCACUGAGGCCCCUGAGUUUCCUGGGGAGGCUGUGUCUGAGGAUGAGUAUAGAAUGAGGCUGAGCUCUGUCAUCCAGGAGUUGCUGAGUUCAGAGCAGGCCUUUGUGGGUGAGCUGAAGUUCUUGGAGAGCCACCACAUGAAGCACCUGGACCGAUCUCCCCAUGUGCCUACAGCUGUGGCCAGCCAGAAGACAGUCAUCUUUCGUAAUGUGCAGGACAUCAGCCAUUUCCACAGCAGCUUCUUGAAGGAGCUGCAGUCCUGUGACACUGAUGAUGAUGUGGCCAUGUGCUUCAUCAAGAACCAGGAGGCCUUUGAGAAGUACCUUGAGUUCCUGGUGGGCCGUGUGCAAGCUGAGUCAGUGGUUGUCAGCACCCCAGUCCAGGAGUUCUACAAGAAAUAUACAGAAGAGACACUGUCAGCCAAGGACCCCACGCAGCCACCCCCACCUCCGCUUCAGCACUACCUGGAGCAGCCAGUGGAGCGGGUGCAGAAAUACCAGGCCUUGCUGAAGGAGCUAAUCCGCAACAAAGCCCGCAACCGGCAGAACUGCGCGCUGCUGGAGCAGGCCUACGCCGUGGUGUCUGCCCUGCCUCAGAGGGCUGAGAAUAAGCUGCAUGUUUCACUCAUGGAGAACUACCCAGGAACCCUGGAGGCUCUGGGAGAACCGAUCCGUCAGGGCCACUUCAUAGUGUGGGAGGGAGCACCAGGGGCCCGGAUGCCUUGGAAGGGCCACAACCGGCAUGUCUUCCUCUUCCGAAACCAUCUGGUGAUCUGCAAGCCCCGGAGAGACUCUCGAACUGACACCUUCAGCUAUGUGUUCCGGAACAUGAUGAAGCUGAGUAGCAUCGACCUGAAUGACCAGGUAGAGGGGGAUGACCGUGCCUUUGAGGUGUGGCAUGAGCGGGAGGACUCGGUGCGCAAGUACCUGCUCCAGGCGCGGACAGUCAUCAUCAAAAACUCAUGGGUGAAGGAGAUCUGUGGCAUCCAGCAGCGUCUGGCCCAGCCUGUAUGGCGUCCCCCUGAUUUUGAAGAGGAGCUGGCUGACUGCACCGCUGAGCUGGGUGAAACAGUCAAGCUGGCAUGCCGAGUGACUGGCACACCUAAGCCUGUUGUCAGCUGGUAUAAAGAUGGGAAGCCAGUGGAGGUGGACCCACACCACAUCCUCAUUGAAGACCCUGAUGGCUCCUGUACCCUCAUCUUGGACAACCUGACUGGUAUAGACUCUGGCCAGUACAUGUGUUUUGCAGCCAGUGCUGCUGGCAAUGCCAGUACCUUGGGGAAGAUUCUAGUACAAGUGCCCCCACGAUUUGUCAGCAAGGUCCGGGCCACCCCCUUUGUGGAGGGGGAAGAUGCACAAAUCAGCUGCACUGUGGAAGGCGCCCCGUACCCUCAGAUCAGGUGGUACAAGGAUGGUGCCCUGCUAACCCUGGGCAACAAGUACCGGAUGCUGAAUGAGCCCCGCAGUGGUGUGCUGGUGUUGGUGAUCCGGGCAGCCAGCAAGGAGGACCUGGGACACUAUGAGUGUGAGUUGGUGAACCGGUUAGGCUCAACACGUGGUGGUGGAGAAUUGUACAUGCAGAGCCCUGCACUGCGUGCCCGGGACCAGCACCACCGGGAACAGCUUGUGGCUGCUGUGGAAGGAGCCCCAUCCAUGCAGGUCACUAUUGAGGAUGUACAAGUACAAGUAGGUGGCAUGGCACAGUUUGAUGCUGUCAUUGAAGGCAACCCACCACCCACAGUGACCUGGUACAAGGACAGCACCCAGCUGAUGAACAGUGACAGGCUGAGCCAGCGACAGGAUGGCACUACAUAUUCCUUGGUGUUGACUGACGUGGCUUUACGUGAUGCUGGAGUCUACACAUGCCUUGCCCAUAAUGCAGGUGGACAAGUGCUCUGCAAGGCAGAGCUGCUGGUCCAUGGGGGGGACAAACCAGACUCAGAAAAUCAAGUAUAUCGGAGAAAACUGCAUUCCUUCUAUGAAGUCCAAGAAGAGAUCGGGAGGGGUGUGUUCAGUUUUGUGAAAAGAGUUCAGCACAAAGGAAAUAAAAUGUUCUGUGCUGCCAAGUUCAUCCCCCUGCGAAGCAAAACUCGAGCCCAGGCAUACCAGGAACGAGACAUCCUGGCUACACUCAGCCACCCGCUGGUAACUGGACUCCUGGACCAAUUUGAGACCCGGAAGACGCUCAUCCUUAUCUUGGAACUGUGCUCAUCUGAGGAGCUGCUGGAUCGCCUCUUCAAGAAGGGUGUAGUGACUGAAGCUGAGGUCAAGGUCUAUAUCCAGCAGCUAGUGGAAGGCCUGCACUAUUUGCACAGCCACAGUGUCCUCCACCUGGACAUAAAGCCCCCCAAUAUCCUGAUGGUGCACCCAGCUCGGGAAGACAUUAAGAUCUGUGACUUUGGCUUUGCCCAAAAAAUCACCCCUUCAGAGCCACAGUACAGCAAGUACGGCUCGCCCGAGUUUGUGUCUCCAGAGAUCAUUGAGCAGAGUCCUGUGAGCGAGGGCUCAGACAUCUGGGCCAUGGGCGUCAUCUCCUACCUCAGCCUAACCUGCUCAUCCCCCUUUGCUGGAGAGAGUGACCGUGCCACACUGCUGAAUGUUUUGGAGGGCCGGGUAUCUUGGAGCAGUCCCAUGGCUGCCCAUCUGAGUGAGGAUGCCAAGGACUUUAUCAAGGCCACACUGCAGAAGACCCCCAGGGCCCGGCCUAGUACUUCCCAGUGCCUUGCCCACCCCUGGUUCCUGAAAUCCAUGCCUGCUGAGGAGGCUCACUUCAUCAACACCAAGCAGCUCAAGUUCCUUCUUGCUCGAAGUCGCUGGCAGCGCUCCUUGAUGAGCUACAAGUCUAUCCUGGUGAUGCGCUCCAUCCCUGAGCUGCUCCAGGGCCCUCCAGACAGUCCCUCCCUAGGAGUGGCCCGGCACCUACGAGGGGAAGCCAGUGCGUCCUCUAGCUCAUCAUCUUCCUCGGACAAUGAGCUUGCCCCAUUUGCCAGGGCUAAGUCACUGCCACCUUCCCCUGUGACUCACUCCCCGCUGUUGCAUCCUCGGGGCUUUCUGCGGCCUUCAGCCAGUCUCCCAGAAGAGACAGAGGUCAGCGUGCCCACUGCUGGUGCAGCCCUGCCAGCAUCCCCCCAGGAUGCUGGGCCUCCAGCAAGUCCAGGUUGUGUGCCCCGGCACAGUGUCAUCAGCAGCUUGUUCUACCAGCAAGCUGGUGAGGGUUCAGAGCGCGGGAGCAGACCCUCGGGUGCCAAGAGGCACCCAGCUCGGAGGCGGCACCUGCUAAAGGGCGGGUACAUUGCAAGGGCCCUACCAGGUCUUCGAGAACCACUGAUGGAGCACAGUGUGUUGGAGGAGGAAGCUGCUAGGGAGGAGCAGGCCGCUCUGAUGUCCAAGACACUGUCCUUUGAGACUGCCCUGAGACUACCUAGCUCCAGUGCCCGGGAGGUCCCAGGCCGAAGCCGCUCCCUGGACCACAACCCACCAGACACCACUGGCCCCUCUCCUGAGGAAUGCAAGGGACAGUACCUAUUCCCAUCCUCCCCAGAGGUGACUCAUGAAACCACUGCCAAAGAUAUGGGGCACUCAAAGGGGUUCUUAGAGGAGUCUGCCCCCUGUUCAUCUACGAGUGGUGACUCGAGGCCUGCUAAGCAUGAGGGAUCAUCCCAGGACAGCUGUAGAGAGAAAGUAUCCCCUUCCUGUCACUCUGACCUUGGUCCUGGCUCCCAGGAGGGCUGUGGCUCCCCAUCAUCGCUUGGCUCUUUACCCCCCCAGUCACUGAAGAAGGACCCCUCCUCACCCUGUAGCCCCUUCCUCUCGGGACAGCCUCAGGCAGCCCCAUUCCCUACCCAAGCAAGCCCCCUUCCUGGUUCUAAGAAGGAGCCUCAGGAUAGCGCUCUACAUGGAAGGCCCUGCCCCGGUCCCUCCAGUUCCCUCGGGCCAGCCUCCCAAGUAGGUGCCUCCCCGGAUACUGAAGGCUUGUCUGAAGCCGGAGACACAUUUGACCUCACACCUCCUCUGCUGCGCCCUCAGGAGCAGGCCACCACCCGGAAGUUCUCUCUGGAAUCCCGUGGGGGCUAUGCAGGGGUUGCAGGCUAUGGUACCUUCGCCUUUGGCGGGGAUGCAGGGGGCAUGCUAGGGCAGGGUCCUCUUUGGGCCAGGAUGGCCUGGGCUGUGUCCCAGUCCUCAGAAGAACAGGAUGAACCUGGGACUGAGAGCUCUCAACCUCUAGACAGCUCAGGGCCCACUGCUGAGGCCAGUGGGGCUCCCCUACGGACCUCUCCGAGCUUAUCCCCGUGGAAGGAAGCCGAGCAGGUUUCCCUGGUACAGAUCCGGGAUCUGUCUGGUGACGCAGAAGCAGCUGACACAAUCUCCUUGGACAUUUCUGAGGUAGAUCCUGCCUACCUCAACCUCUCUGACCUAUACGACAUCAAAUAUCUCCCCUUUGAGUUCAUGAUCUUCAGGAGGGUCCCCAAACCUGUAGAGUCGCCAGAGUCACCUGACUUUGAAACUGAGGCCGGGCAAGGGCUGGCAGAGUUCCUGGAGGAGACUGUGUGGCCCUGGCCGGGAAAGCUGGGCCUGCGUGCUGGCUUGGAAAUUACAGAGGAGUCGGAGGAGCCAGGGGACCUGGACACACUGCUGGGAGAGGCUGCUACUGGCAGGAAGCGCAAGUGGUCCCCCUCCCGUGGCCUCUUCCCAUUCUCCGGAAGGUGCCUGUCAGGGGAGGAGCCUGUGGAGCUUGGGCUGCGCCAGAGGGUGAAGGCUUCCAUGGCUCAUAUCUCCAGGAUCCUGAAGGGCAAGCCAGAAGGUCCUGAGAAGGAGGAGCCCCCCAGGAAGAAGGCAGGCCUAGCUUCUUUCAGGCUGUCAGGCCUGAAGGGCAGGGACCAAGCGCCGUCCUUCCUAAGGGAGCUCUCAGAUGAGACUGUGGUCCUGGGCCAGUCAGUGACACUGGCCUGCCAGGUGUUGGCCCAGCCAACUGCCCAGGCUACCUGGAGCAAAGAUGGAGACCUUCUGGAGAGCAGCGGCCACCUCCUCAUCUCUUCUACCCUGAAGAACUUCCAGCUGUUGACCAUCCUGGUGGUGAGAGAGGAGGACCUGGGCACAUACACCUGCUGUGUGAGCAAUCCACUGGGGACAGCAGCCACUACAGGUGUCCUUCGGAAAGCAGAGCGUCCCUCAUCCUCCCCACGCCCAGAGGUGGGGGAAGUAUACACAGAUGCGGUGCUGCUGGUCUGGAAGCCUGUGGAAUCCUGUGGCCCCGUGACCUACAUUGUGCAGUGCUGUAUAGAAGGAGGCAGCUGGACCACCCUGGCCUCUGACAUCUCUGACUGCUGCUACCUCACCAGCAAACUGUCCCGGGGUGGCAUGUAUUCCUUCCGGACAGCAUGUGUCAGCAAAGCAGGAAUGGGCCCCUACAGCAGCCCUUCAGAACAAAUCCUCCUGGGAGGGCCCAACCACCUGGCCUCUGAGGAGGAGAGCAGCCGGGGGAGGCCAGCCCAGGUUCUCCCCAGCACAAAGACCUUCGCCUUCCAGAUGCAGAUCCGGAGGGGCCGCUUCAGUGUGGUACGGCAGUGUAGAGAGAAAGCAAGUGGGCGGGCCCUGGCUGCUAAGAUUGUCCCCUACCAGCCUGAGGACAAGACAGCCGUGCUAAGAGAAUAUGAGGCACUCAAGAGACUGCACCACCCACAUCUGGCCCAGCUCCAUGCCGCCUACCUCAGUCCCCGGCACCUGGUGCUCAUCCUGGAGCUGUGCUCUGGCCCUGAGCUGCUACCCUGUCUGUCAGAGAGGGACUCCUACUCAGAGUCGGAUGUGAAGGACUACCUGUGGCAGAUGCUGAGCGCCACCCAGUACCUGCAUGCCCAACACAUCCUGCACCUGGACCUGAGGUCUGAGAACAUGAUGGUCACUGAGUACAACCUGCUUAAGGUUGUGGACCUGGGCAACGCUCAGAUCCUCAGCCAAGAGAAGGUCCCACCCCCUGAGAACUUCAAAGACUACCUGGAGACAAUGGCUCCGGAACUCCUGGAAGGUCAAGGAGCUGUUCCGCAGACAGACAUCUGGGCUAUUGGUGUAACUGCUUUCAUUAUGCUAAGUGGCGAGUAUCCAGUCAGCAGCGAGGGGACUCGCGACCUGCAGAAAGGCUUGCGCAAGGGACUCAUUCGGUUGAGUCGCUGCUAUGCAGGAUUGUCUGGGGGUGCCGUAGCCUUCCUGCAGAGCUCACUGUGUGCUCGACCCUGGGGCCGCCCAUGCGCCACCACCUGCUUGCAGUGCGGGUGGUUGACAGAGGAGGGCCCCGCAGGCUCCCGGCCCACGCCUGUGACAUUCCCCACUGCGCGUUUGCGCGCCUUCGUGCGCGAGCGCGAGAAACGGAGGGCGCUACUCUACAAGAAGCACAACCUGGCCCAGGUACGCUGAGGUCCUGCUCUGCAGGGCAAGACGUCACUUGCCAUAUGAGGACACCUGCACCAAUAAAAGAGUUUUCUGUUUCA